GGUCUUGCAGUUUAUCAAGAGAGAGAGAGAGAAAGAGAAAUAGAGAUGGCUGAAAAAGGUCCUUCGAGUUUGGGACUUGUGUUCUUGCUCCUAGUGAUUCUUUUGGUCUUGUGCUCUAACGACUAUGCUCUAGCGUCUCCACAAAAGUUACACCCAUCAUCAGGAUGGAGAAGACAGUUGGUUCGAGUAGAGUCAUCAACAAGUUAUCGAGGAGGUGGAUACGGUGGAUAUGGUCGAAGUCGAGGAGGUGGAUAUGGUGGAAGUCGAGGAGGUGGAUACGGUGGAUAUGGUCGAAGUCGAGGAGGUGGAUAUGGUGGAAGUCGAGGAGGUGGAUAUGGUGGCUUUCAUUCGCCAUUGCCUUCACCUCCACCACCACUAGUAUCACUACCACCUUCGAUGUCACCGCAUUUACCACUGCCAUGAUUCGAAGAGAUACAAGCUGCUACGUAAGGAACGUCAACCCAUCUAUUCAAAGAUAAAUCUUUCCUGAUCGAUGUGACAAGAGAUACAACUUAAAAAGGUUAAAAAAUUAUAGUUCAUACUCAAUAUUUUCUGCGCUUUAAGGGUUUUAUGAAAAUAGUGUUUAGGUCGUUUACUGCGAUCUGAUUAUUAAUGAAAUGAGGAUAGAUCUUUCUGAUCCUCCAAAGGUAUAUACUGUAUAUAAAAGACAGAUGUCCUAAAUAAGGAAAAUAUGAAUUAA